AUGAUUAAACAAGUCUUAAGAAAAGUUCUGGGUCAUGCUUCCCUGAACUAUGAAGAACUUAAUACAAUACUAUGUGAGUGCGAACAGAUUUUAAAUUCUAGACCAAUUACAUAUGUGUCCGAAGAUGCAAAAGAUCCUUCUCCUUUGACACCUAUGAUGUUUCUCCAUGAACUACCAUCAUCGGGAGUCCCAGAUAUUGAUGAAAUAGAUGCAAAAGAACUUAGUCGUAGAGCCAAGUACAGACAACAACUUCGUAAUGAUUUGAGAAACAGGUUUCGUAACGAAUAUCUAGGACAGUUGAGACUCUACUCUGUUAAGAACAAAAGAUUUGAUAAAGUGAAUGUUGGAGACUUAGUUCUUUUAGAGGAGGCCAACAAAAAGCGUAUCCAUUGGCCCUUAGCUAAAAUUGUAGAGGUUCUACCCGGAAAGGACAAUGUGAUUCGCCUUGCUAAAGUCAAAACAGAAAACAGUGUUUUCCUCCGUCCAGUGCAAAGACUCUACCCUCUAGAACUUCAACCUGUAGAACUUGUCCCUAAAACCAUCGAAAGAAAGGACCCACCUGAUUCAACAAUUCCUGUGAGUGACCAGAAUGAUGGAGCAGCCAUUCAAAAGCCUGAUAUCCCGAGUGGCGAUCGAACCAGCUACCCUAUCACUUUUCCAGUGACCAGAGUUGGACGAGCUAUUAGACCACCACAACGUUUGAACUUGUUGAGCUCUUCAAUUAUUUCAGACCUCAAGGUGGGAGAAUGUUACGAACUGCAACCGUAA